CUUAAUUCAUUUCAUAAAAUGUUUCGGCAAAACAUUUAUGGUCUAACACACUUUAUGAUACAUUAAUUUGUAGCAAUCCCUUAUCAAAUACACACAUUCAAUUAGUGAUGGGCACAAAUAUGGAAAAUCAAUAUCAGUUGCAUUUUUUCGAUUCGAUAUUGAUUUUAUAUCGGUUCGUAGAAAAUACAUUGCAACUGUGUGAAUGUUCACUCUUCUGUGAUGUCCAGACAACUGCUUGCGGAUUGCCCAUUGGGCCAAGUGUGUUCCGGUGGUAUAAACCUACUUAACCCGUUUUAAUACAAUGGGAAGCCCAUCCACAAUUGAUGACCCAUCAGCUGGCACUUAAAUAAUACUACAGUUUUACUGCAGCACCCAGAAUAGUUUUUGCUCUAUAAGCCAAUGUAACAGUAUAGCUUCCGCCCCUCUCCUCGCCCCUACCCGGGCUCGAACCAGGGACCCUCUGCACACACAGACAACUGACACCCACAGAGCAUCGUUACCCAUCGCUCCACAGCGCACCACCGCUAACUAGCCAGCCAUUUCACAUCGGAUACACCAAUAUGUAUUCCAUAUGCAGUGAUUUGCAUUGUGGCCGCCAAUGGAAUGGAUGGAGCUAAAGGCCAGAAACACUCCAUAUUAUUCAGAGCCCCAUGAAAUGACACCAUACAGGAUACAUUCUACAGACCCUACUUAGUACUUCUUUCCCUACUUUUACAUCAUCACAAAUAAUCAUUGUUCCUGUACAUUGCUAUAUUUUUACCGUAUAGGGUCCAGGCACCGCAUUAUUAAGCUAUUGGGCCACAGUAAAAGGCCAGCAACACUCAGAGUCCCGUGAAAUAACACCAUAUAUAGAUUCUACAGACCCUACUAGAAUAGUUUUUUUCUCUAUAAGCCCAUGUGUAAUUUAUAGACCUACAGUGUAUUGCAUUGGGACCAAAGGAGUGGGUGGAGUAGAAAGGGCUGCUGGGUAUUUAGACCACAGUCAUUCAAGAAAUAACACCAUCUAUAAACUCUAGUCUAGUGCGACAUCAAUAGGGUUUGUAGAAUAUGAUUUUCUUUACAUUCAUUUACUUAAGCGCCAAACAUUUACCAAUUUAUAUAUUUUUAUUUUACCUUUAUUUAACUAGACAAGUCAAUUAAGAACAAAUUCUUAUUUUCAGUGACGGCCUACGAACAGUCAAUAAGCUCCACGGCCUAGGAACAGUCAAUCUGCUCCACCUUAUAAUAUUAUGUAUCUUAUAUGGAGUACUAAUUGUCUUUAGUUUUAACAUUAUGCACUACGUAAAGCUGCACAAAAUUAUUGAUUUCAUGUCAUACACAGCGUUUUACCGCAGACUUUUAUUGUGAAGGCAAAUCGGAAAACCGGACGUUUUAAUAUUUCUACCAGGACACUAAUGUUGCUGUCAUGACGCUAAUGCAACUCUUGAGCCAAAACACAACUUAAUAUCGUCGGGUUUUGCGCCCUUUGAUUCAUGGCAUAUGUAGCACAUUACACUGAAUUUAGGAACAACGCAAUUAUAUUUUCCUUUAUUGCAAGACAAGUUGACAACAUGAAAUAUUUAAGCAGAAAACCAAAAUAGUAAAGGAAUUAAAGGGAAUUUAAUGUGACUGUAACAAACUAGUGAUUAAACAUUAGUGUCUGAGACAAUAAUACAUUUUAAAAAACAUAACAAUAAGAACAAAUUAUUAUCUUAUUUACAAUGACGGCCUAACGGGGAACUGCCUUGCUCAGGGGCAGAACGACAGAUGUUUGUUUACCUUCAGCUCGGUGAUUCGAUCCGGUAACCUGCUUGGCCCCCCCUGACACUCUUGAGUCGAGGAAAUUUCUGGUUCCGACAACCAAUCAUAUCGCCGUCUGUAACCAAUAAUUUCCCUCGCCAACCAAUCCGAGAGGCCAGUGCAACCAACCAGUAACCAAGAAUUCACCUAUGAGGAUAGAGCUAUGGCGGGACCUUUAAACUCUCUCCAAGAGGACCAUGGAAAUUAUAUAUUUUAUUUUAGGUAAUUUUAUUCGCGAAUUAUGUUUAUUUUCUGAAGUAACGUUAGCUACAUUUUUUUGUUUGAGUUUUCAUUGAUCAUCAUCAUCAUCGAUCGGAAUAUCUAGCAGGGAGAGAUGUAUGCCUUCCCAAGGGAUGGCAAAGCAUUUAGCCUGAUGUGGAUCAUAAGUGGAUGUCUAAGGCGUUGUUCAGGUGGUCAGGGAAUGGGAUUCCAGAGAUGGACUUUGCCAGGGUUGACAAAAUGUGGUGGGACCACCCUCCACCACCAUCUGCAGCUCAGUAGAGAUGGAGAGUUUGUUUUCUUUGGGGGAGCUGAUAGGUUUGAAGUACCUCUUCGAUCAGACUGGUUUGGUGCUGCAGGAUCACAAGGCUGCCAUUGAGGAACUGGAGACAGGUGAUCCUGGUGUCCAAGGGGAGGAUGAUGAGGGCUUUGUGGAGCUUGUGGAAUAUCAGGACUUGACAGUUCCUGGGCUGGAGACAGCCCUGCCUCUUGUUGGCACCUGUCGUCCUACUCCCACCCCCCCUACCAGCAUCCAGUCCACAGCUGCAUCAGUCAGUCCCCUGUCCUCCUCUCCUGUACGGGCUACUCCACCACCUGGGCCUCUGUCCUCCACACUUGGGCUCGUCCUUCCCCUGUCCUACGUUCCUGUACGGGCUACUCCACCACCUGGGCCUCUGUCCUCCACACUUGGGCUCGUCCUUCCCCUGUCCUACGUUCCUGUACGGGCUACUCCACCACCUGGGCCUCUGUCCUCCACACUUGGGCUCGUCAUUCCCCUGUCCUACGUUCCUGUUCGGGCUAACGUUACGCCUUAGUCCAUGUACCAUGAAUGUUCUUUUUAAAGCGUGCAUUGGCUCUGGCAGUCAAAACAGCCAAAUACUCCAUCUAAAGUAUUGGGAUGGUGAAAUGUUUUGUUGUUUCGGCUCUGUACUCCAGCACUUUGGAUUUGCAAUGAUACAAAGUGCUGUCAGCUUUAAUUUGAGGGUAUUUUCAUCCAUAUUACAGCACUUUUUAUUAUAGCACUUUUUGUACAUAGUCCCCCCAUUUAAGAGGAACCAAAAGUCUUGGGAUAAAUUUUGUGUAUUAAAGUAGUCAAGUUUAGUAUUUGGUCUGUUAUUCCUAGCACGCAAUGAUUACAUCAAGCUUGUGACUACAAACAUUUGCUCUUUGUUUUGGUUGUGUUUGAGAUUAUUUUGUGCCCAAUACAAAUAAAAUAAAAUCAAAUGUAUUUAUAUAGCCCUUCGUACAUCAGCUGAUAUCUCAAAGUGCUGUACAGAAACCCAGCCUAAAACCCCAAACAGCAAACAAUGCAGGUGUAAAAGCACGUACAAAUGACUAAUAAAUCAUGUAUUGUGUCAUUUUGGUGUCACUUAUUGUAAAUAAGAAAAUAAUAUGUUUCUAAACACUUCUACAUUAAUGUGGAUGCUACCAGGAUUCCCGAAAGUCCUGAUGAAUUGUGAAGAAUGAUUAGCGAGAAAGUUACAGAUGCACAAAUAUCAUACCCCUUGUCAUACAGCAUGUCUUGGGGGUAUGUUGAGAGGUAGCUUGUAAGUAAGCAUUUCAUUGCACUGUUUACACCCCACUGUAUCCUCUAUAUAUAUAUAUGAUGAUUAAAAUUGGAUUUGAUUUAAUUGGAUUUGACAGAGAGGAUGCUUGCCAUUUCAGGAGACGGUUCUAAAAGAGUACACCAGGGCUAUAUCUCUGGAUAAGUUUGGCCAGGAGGGCUGUACUGCCCCGAGUUGGCAACCCAGAAGCAAGGCAGUUCAGCCUUCUGAGGAAGAAGACCUUCAAGUAGGUUGUUGAAAAUGCUCUGUGGUAUGCUGGGUAUUUGGUGGCAUUGAUGAAGAGUGAUGCAAAAAACCAUGCUGCCAAUCAGAUGACUUUGUAGUGGUCCCACCAUCCAGCAUCCAGUCAACACCUCUACCCGCAUCCGUCCUCUGCUCAUGUACAGACUACUCCACCACCAGCUGGUUCUCUCUCCGUGGCCUUGACACCUGUGCCCUGCUGGGCCUCUGUUCAUGAUUUUCACACUUGUGCCCAGCUGGGCCUCUGUUCAUGAACUCCAUACCUGUGCCCGGGUGGACCUCUGUUCAUGAUCUUCACACCUGUGCCAGUCCCAUCCCCUGCUCCUUAUGGGCUGGGCAUUCUGAUGGAGCCAGCGAUCAGUCACUCUUCGUUUUCAGUUAAUUAUAUAUAAUUGUAAUUAUUUGUGUUCAAUUGUUUGUCCCUCUGUGGUGUUUAUUUAAGUAACUGUAAUACAGCAUCAUUUGUCAUUGACCUAUUACUCAACAGUAUUCUCCCCAUACUCUUAAUUCACUGAGCACAAAAGCCAUUAGCUGAAUUCUCUAAUUACAUU